UUGAGCGGUCGUAUGCAGCCUGCAUACGACCCUGCAUAAUGCAGGGUUGUUGACUCUGUGAUUUGCGAGUGCGGGUGAGGUUACACGGCUCGCGCACUAACCAGACAGUCUGAGUCUGCCAGUCGUGGUGACACGUUGUGCCACAGUGAUUUAAAAUAUUGAUAGUUUUAUAUUUAAAACCAUGUCAAAAAAACCAUCCGGCUCUGAAUUUCGUACAAGAGCUAAAGAAAGAGAAAAAGUAGCUCAGAAAUCUUCUGCCCUGUUAUCGUCAUGGCUUAAUGUUAACGACUCGAGAGGAAAAGAUGAUGGAAGCUGCAAUACAAGUGAUAUGUGUAAGGAACAACCGGAAGCGGUUCAAGAGGAAUGUUUAACCGAGGUGGAGGCUGCCAGUUCGAUGGAAGUAGACGAACUAGAAGAUCUCCCAUGUAUAGCAAUAUCAUUACAAGGUGAUGAAGGCGAAAAUGAUGCAGAUAGUGUUAUCCAACCGUGCACUAAGACUGUUGAGGAUGACGUUCCUACAGCUCUGACAAUGGAUGUAGCGCAAGGUGAGCAUACAACUCAUUUUGAUAUAGAAUUUAAAGAUCCGGGAACAUGGCCUACAGCUUUAUCGGAUACAGAAAGGUGCUUCAUAGUAUCAGGCUUAUCAAAGGAAGAAAGUGUAGAGCCUGAUUUAAGUAACACCUUAAGAGAUGGUAGAAAACUAACCAAAGACUGGUUUACAAAAACUUUGUCCGGUGGCCAGAAGAUCCACCGCACAUGGUUAGCAUACAGCAAAUCAAAAAAUGCCUUAUUUUGCAUUCCAUGUAAAAUUUUUUCCCGCUCUAACUCAGAACAAAAUAUUUCUGCUUUGGCUAAAGAGAAGGGUUUAACUCAGUGGAAAAAAUUGAAUGAACGAAUUCCUGAGCAUGAAAAUUCACUCAUUCACAAAAAGUGUUUUUGCUCAUGGAAAUCAUUGCAGUCAUCAUUAAAUAAAGGUACUGGAAUUGAUAGAGAGCUACAAGACAAGAUAGCGCUUGAGGAAGCGCACUGGAGAGGGGUCCUGUAUGCUAUCAUUGAUGUUAUCAUAAAUUUAGCUAAACAAGGUAGCCCGUUACGGGGUUCUAAUUCUAAUGAAAGCCUGGAAUUUGGGGACCCUAGAUGUGAAUCAAACACAAAUUUGUCACAACCCUCAGAUAGAUCUUUAAAAAUUAAAAUUACCGUAAAAUAA